AUUUUAACAUGGCCGCAUGUUGAACGAAACGAUUUUCUUUACUGUUUGCCAAAAUAAACUAAAUUGGCCGUAAUUGUAAGCCUAUUUAUGUUAAUCGCAUAGCAAGAAAAUUCACUUGCUCGUGAGACAAAGUACCGGCAGGGUAUCGCGAAAAUGAUGCAUCACCCGAACAUGCAUCAUCAGGCGAUGUCGGGGCACCCGGCGCAGCACAUGCCGGGGCACCAGGGCAUGCCGGGCCACCACCAGAUGCCGGCUCAUCAGAUGCAUCGGGAGAACAGGCACGUACCGAUUCCUAGGGUGGCGAUGGGCCCCGCGUCGGGCGGCGUGGGCAUGGCCGGCAUGGGGUGCCCGCGCCCCCCACACGCCAUGCGUCCGCACCCGCCGCAGCACCAUCUGCCCAGGAUACCGCAGCAGAUGAAGCCGAUGCGCCGUAACUACCCGGGCUACGCGCCGCCGCCUGCUGUGGUCUACCCGCCUCCACCGCCGCCGCCCGCCGCCGCGCCAGGACCAGCAACCGAAGCCCCGACGCCGGCAGCGGCGGCGCCCGCGGCCGGCGACGCGGCGCCCGAGCCCGGCCCCGACGCGCCCUGCGUGGCCAACAGUAAAGAGAAGACCCCCAUGUGCCUGGUCAACGAACUGGCCAGGUACAAUAAGAUUAAACAUCAAUACAGGCUGACGUCUGAGACAGGGCCGGCACACAAGAAGGUGUUCACAGUGACGCUACGACUCGGCGAAUCCGAGGAAUACACAGCCGACGGAUCAUCAAUAAAGCGAGCGCAGCACUGUGCGGCGAGCGCGGCGCUGACCCAGACCCGCUACCCCGCGCCGCCCGCGCGCGCCCCGCCCGCCGCCACCGCCGCGCAUCACAGGCAUUCAGGAACAGUAAUGCCGACCGUAGAACUGAACGCGCUAGCCAUGAAGCUCUGCCAGCCGGCGAUCUACACCAACAUCCCUCCAGUUGCCGCCCCGGGGCGCUUCCCGCGGACGCGCCCCCCCGCCCCCUACCGCAUGCCGCCCCCGCUCGUGUACGGACCCAGGGUUGUGACCCCGUGUUUGCUGUAUAGAGUCAGGGUGGCUGUCGGUGGACAGGCGUGGCUCGGCGAAGGGCCGACCCCGCAGGCUGCGCGGCACGACGCCGCCGCCCGUGCCCUACAAGACCUGCGGCCCGACGGAGCGCUACCCACCGCCGCCACCGCCGCCGAUGCCGCCAACACAUCAGCAACAGAGAACGGCGCGGCGGCGGACAUCCUGAACUCUGAAAUAAAGUCGCCGGUCUCCCUUGUGCACGAGCUGGCCCUCAAACGGAACUUGACUGUCAUCUUCACCGUCAAGUCGGAGCGGGGACCGCCGCAUAUGAGGGUAUUCAUAACAGCGUGCACAGUGGGCGACAUGGAGACCGAGGGCGAGGGCAACGGCAAGAAGGUGUCGAAGCGGCGCGCGGCCGAGAAGAUGUUGGACGAGAUGCGGCGCCGCUGGCCGCCCGCCCUGCUGCGCGCCCGCCCGCCCCCGCCCGCCAAGCGCAAGCCGCAGCCGCCCAAGAAGAAACCCAGGAAUCUUAUCAAGGAGAGCUCAACCGGCACAGAGACAGGCGGCGGCGACGCGAGCGACAACCCCAUAUCCCGGCUCGCCAUGGUCCGGCACAUGGCCCGGGCCAGGUCCCCUCAAUACUCCGUGGUGGAGGAGCGCGGGGCGGCGAGACGACGGGAGUUCGUGGUGCAGUGCGACGCCGCGCCGCACAAGGCCACUGGGCACGGGCCUAACAAGAAGACGGCUAAGCGACGGGCUGCGCAUAACGUCCUACUGGCCAUGGAGCUGGGAACGGCGACUGAGCCGGCGUCCAGCGCGACGUCCAACAACGGAGACGCCAGCCCCGGCGUCGACGCCUCGCCCGCUAGCCCCGAUGCUAAGAGAAAAGAGAGUGAAGCGACGAACGGCAACGGCAGCAGCGAGCGACAGCCCGUGCCCGGCGUGCUCAUGAUGGACUACCACCAGCGCACGGGGCAGCCGCCGCCGCCCAACGGCGUGAGCGAGUCGAGCGCGACGGGCGGCGGCGGCGGCGCGGCUCCCGGCUCGGGCUCGCCCGGCGCCAAGGACCAGCUCAUGUACCUCGCGCAGCUGCUCGGCUUCACCGUGCAGUUCUCCGACUUCCCCAAGCGCAACCACGGCGAAUACCUCUCGCUGGUGUCGCUGUCGACGGUGCCCCCAGUGAUGUGCCACGGCGGAGGCGCCUCCACGGCCCUGUCCCACGAGCAGUGCAGCCGCGCCGCCCUGCGCGCCCUCGCGCUCAUGGGCCUCGACGCGCCCGCCCAGUACGUACCACGCAGUGUCUCUAGCAGCACGAGCAGUGCAGCCGCGCCGCCCUGCGCGCCCUCGCGCUCAUGGGCCUCGACGCGCCCGCCCAGGUGCAGAGUCUGCCGGGCGCGGGCGCGGCCAAGCCGAGCGUGCUUAGCAACGGCGUGGCCGAGUGAACUCCCACACAGGUACCUCGUCACAGUGGCGGCGACAUACUGCAGACACAUAGUAGCAGCACUGUGCCGCCGCCACUGUGGCGCCACCUCCUAGCUGUAACCACCCAGCCCUCUCAAAACUAGCCUAAUUUAUACUGCAAUAUUUAUUAUUUGUACACUAAACCUAUGUGAAGAUGUCACAAUGCGUUUUAAGGGGUCUGAAUACGAUUUUUGAAUUGUACUUUUAAGCGUUGAAUUGUUGCAUGUUUUUAGCGUUGAAGCGAUGAAUUAUAGUGUCUUUUUAAUAAAAAUGCGUCUUUAGAUCCCUAGUUCGGGUCGAAUUUUAUUAUAAAAUUUAAGAAAGCGUUGUGAUGUUUUCACUUUCUAUUUUGAUCUCGCGUCUAUUUUUGUCUCGUUGUCUUUUCCUUUAUCAAUGAACGCGUUUUAAGUUUAGCAAAACUUGUAUAUUUUUUUGUUAUACACAGCUUCUGUAGAGGUUGUCUUUAGUUUUAAUCCUUUUGUUACAAGCCGCUCACAAACUAGGUACAUUAUAUUUUCUACGAAAUAAAUUUUAUGUUAUUUUGUUUAUCAUAGGAGCAAAUUGUUUUACUAUUCAUUAACUCGCAAUUGAGAUCACUUUGACUAAUGAAGCAGUAUGAUCUAAUACAUUAAAUGCUUAUAUUUCAAAAGACAGAGGACUAUAUUAUAAUAAAUUGCCAAACCUCGACGUCUGCCCUGUACUAUGUUUAUUCUGAAAUCAAGGAUAUGAAUAAGUAAACCUAUAUCGAAAUAAAUUAUGUUCGAAUGAGGCUGUGAGGCCAAACCCAAAGUUACGUAACACGGCCACCGAUUCGAACCGAAACUGCUGACAUUUAACAAAGUCCUUUUGGACGUUUUAUACCGAAAUAAACAAUUCUUUAAUAAUACAUAAGUUGACAAUACAAAAGAGACAUGGAUUAAAAUAUAGAUUCGGUGGUCGAAUAGUUGACAGUCGACGAUCGCUCUAAAGUUGAAUCAUGCGGCCAUGGUGACACUUUAGCUCUAGUUAAGUAAGUCGCCGUAGUCCUUAAUUAUUUCGUGCAUAUUUUUAAUAAUUUACUGUAAAAUCUCACGCGAGAUCCCAGUAUUGUUCGAACGCUAGUAUUUUAAGAAUAUUUAGGGAUUACGGCGGACAUUUAUAUGGCCUCGAUUUUCAAGUAUAUUUAGCAUAAUAUACUUAUUUAUAAAAGUUGUUUAGAUUAAGUUGUGAGCUGUUUGUAAAGGUAUCGGUUUUAUGUAACAAUGCUUGCAGAUGAGUUCUAAUACAACCAUUAAAAGUGUAUUGUAUGUGCCCAAUUGAAUUUUCAACCCGCUUGGCCAUUGCUAAACCGAUAGCUCGACAGUCAGUGGUAACUAAAAAGCUUUUAUAAAUGAAGCAGUGAGCCAAAGCUCCUUAAUGUUACUUCCGACCCCUAGCUAUGAAAUGUGUAAUUGUAGUCGUAAGUUUCAUCUCAGUACUCAUUCAGCAAGGAUCACACUCAGAAACAUACAUGAUAGCCCACCAAUAAGCUAAGCUUUCCAAUAAUCUUGCAUCAUCAAGUUUCUGAGUGGAGGUACUUUAGCUACUGGUUAGUGUCUGAAUAAAAGGACAACGUUGAGGGAAUACCCGGUGUGAAUGCCGUUCUGGAGCUGUUUUCAAUUGUUAAUAUACAGGCAGAUUGUGGCACCUUACAGUAGUGGAUAUGCUCAUUCAGGUAUUAACCAGUAUAUUGUUUUGGGAGAUUCACGUUAGUAUGAUUUCUGGGUUUUAUGACUUACUUAUUUCAGCAUGCAGAAACACGAAUUUACAAAUCAUAAUAGAAAUGAAACAAAAUGAGACAAAAUUCGCUUGGAAAGUGAUCGUCUAUUGUGAAUCUGCCAAAAUAUUAUCAUUGACCGUAGGCUAAGUGUAUAUCGUAAGCCCUAUAACCGUGUGUACUCUCAUGACCUAGGAUAGUGUUUGACUAAUCAAAUUACGUUCUCGUUAAAUGUACUAAACGAUCGGCAGCAUUAUAGUUAUCAUAGGUUAAAGUGACAUAAGUGUAUAUUUUACUAUUCAAAGGGAACAGCACCGAUCUAUUUCGUAUUUUAUAAAAUCCCCCUUUUAAUUGUACAUUUCAUUGUAAUGGGUCCGCUAAUGUUAAAAAAGUUAUUGUUUAGGUGUUUAUUACAUUAUUACAGUUUAAAACUAAUUUGGCUACAUAUCGAUCAUUUCUACCGUUCUUGUUAAAAAUGUUUCGAACUUGCGACAGAAGGUUAAACUGUAAUAGUGAUCCUUUAGUACGAGUUAUUUGGUAGCCUUGUUUGGUGCGAUAGAAAAUAUAUUUCAGCGUUCGUAAUUAGGGGUUUAUAGGCUACACGCAUUUUGCAGAAGCGAUAGUCGAUCUCGGCAUUAAAUGCGAUUUCAGACUAAUUGAACUUGUUUAAAACAAGCUGUUGACUAAUAAAGUUAUAACACUUGCAAUCAAUGAUAUACAUAACUAUAAACCCUGCGACGAACGCCUGAUGUUACGAAAUAGCUCGACAACCAAUGGCAUGUAGGACUUUUUUAUACAACGUUGAACGUUUUUAAAUCGAGGCCAUUACGAAAAUUUCUCAAUGUUUUAAGUUGUACAUUCUGGCGUACAACUAUGCAUGGAGAAAUUCAACAUUUAUUGGAUACGAAAAAUGCCGGCGGGCUAACUAUGUGUUUUUAUUUAUUUUGAUAUAAGUACAUAAAACUAAUAUUUUAUAUAUUAUUACGUGGACAGAACGGGUCCCAUUUAAACUUUGUGCUGUUAGCAGUUUAUUGUAAGGAUUACAAUAAUAAAGGUAAUAAAAUGUA